AUGUCGCAGCUUAGGCGGUAUGCGUUCCUGCUAGCGGCAUUACUCUUCCACCUGGUCUACAUAUUUUCCUGCUUCUCAAUCUACUUCGUGAGCCCCAUCGUGCAUGGCAUGCGCGAGCACCGCGUCGAGACACAAGAAGCUCCCGCGAAACGUUUGGUGCUCUUUGUCGGCGACGGCCUCCGCGCAGACAAGACUUUCCAGUCCUUCCCCAACCCCGACCCCAAUGCGACUACGCCCGACACACCGCAGCUGAUCGCCGACUACGUAAAAACUCCCCGCCCGCUAGCGCCCUUCCUGCGCUCCAAGGUCCUCGAAGACGGCACCUUUGGCGUCUCGCACACCCGCGUGCCCACCGAAUCGCGCCCUGGCCACGUCGCGCUCAUCGCCGGCCUCUACGAAGAUGUCUCGGCGGUUGCUACCGGGUGGAAGCUGAACCCUGUCAACUUCGACAGCGUGUUCAAUCGCAGCAGACACACAUGGAGCUGGGGCAGUCCCGACAUCCUGCCCAUGUUCGAGACGGGCGCUGAGCCUGGCCGGGUCGACGCCUACUGCUACGGGCACGACUUCGAAGACUUCUCGAAAGAUGCCUGGAUCCUCGAUGAGUGGGUCUUCGAGCGCGUCAAGGGGCUAUUCGAGGCCGCGAAGACGAAUGCGACGCUGAACGCUGAGCUGCGCAAGGAGAAGAACGUCUUCUUCCUGCAUCUGCUGGGACUCGACACCGCGGGACACGCACAUCGACCCUUCUCAUGGCAGUACCUGCACAACAUCCAGAUCGUGGAUCGCGGCGUUCGGGAAAUCACCAAGUUGGUCGAGGACUUCUACGAUGACGACCAGACGGCGUUCGUCUUCACAGCGGACCACGGCAUGAGCGAUUGGGGCAGCCACGGUGACGGGAACCCAGACAACACACGCACUCCGUUGAUUGCGUGGGGGGCAGGUGUGGCGAAGCCGGUCAAGACAGUGGGCAAAAAGGCAGACGGCCACGAAGACGGCUUCUCUCACGACUGGAACCUCGACCACGUCCAGCGGAACGACGUCGACCAGGCCGAUGUCGCAGCCCUCAUGGCCUACCUAGUCGGUCUCGACUUCCCCACAAAUUCGGUUGGUGUAUUGCCGCUGGCCUUCCUGGAUAAGAGCGACAAGGAGAAGGCGGAGGCGCUUCUUGUCAACGCAAAGGAGAUACUGGAAAUGUACCGCGUCAAGGAGGAGGCCAAGCGCGCGCACGCGCUCCACUACAAGCCAUUCCCCGGACUCGGCGACGAACAGCACUCUAUAGAGUACCGGACAAUCCGAAUACAGAAAGCUAUCGACGCCGGCCAGUAUGAGGAAGCUGUCGACAGGACCUACGAUCUCAUCGACCUUGGCCUUGACGGUCUGCGAUAUCUGCAGACCUACGACUGGCUUUUCCUCCGCGCGUUAAUCACACUCGGCUACCUGGGCUGGAUCGCUUUUGCCAUCACCACAGUCUUGGAUCUUCACGUGCUGAACGAGGACUCGGAGGCGCAGAGGACCACGCAGAGCACCAUCGCGUUCUCGUCUAUCCUGGUCGUGCUGUACUCGAUCCUCCUCAAGCAGAGAUCGCCUCUGUGGUACUAUGCCUACGCCAUCUUCCCUGUACUCUUCUGGGAAGAAGUCUACGCGCGAAGGUCGUCGAUCAUCAGGGGAGGUCGAGUACUCUUCAGCCAGGUCAACACCUUCGGCGACAAGCUCAAGCUCAUCCUGGCGACCCUUGGAUCUCUCGGCCUGCUACAGGCUCUCGUUCAGAGCUACUUCCACAGGGAAAUCUACACCGCCUGCUAUCUGCUUGCUACGGCAUGGCCAAUCUUCUACGGUCGAGAAUUCGCAAAGAAGAACAUCGGAACAGUUGCGACGUGGAUCUUGUCUUGCAUGAUGAUGAGCGCCUUCACUCUUUUGCCUGCCAACAAGGCCGAGAAUGUUCCUUUAAUCAUGAUUGGCGGUGGGCUGAUGUUCGCUGUUGGCGCCUUCUACCUGGCAUUCGAGCAGAGAAUACUUGCUGCUGGCAAAUCCCACGCCACUGCAGCCGAUGCUAAGAAUAGCCUCAACUCACGGCUUAUACUGGGCGUCCAGCUUGGCCUCGUGGCACUGUCUAUGAUCGUCACUAACAGCAGCAUCCAUUACGUUCAGGCUCGACAGGGUCUGCCCCUCGGCGUUCUGGUUGCAGGGUGGGCGACACUUGUGGGCUCAUUGUUCCUCCCAACCCUCCACAGUCUCUGCCCCAACAGCCACUAUAUCCACCGCCUGGUCGUCAUGUUCCUGCAGUUCGCGCCAACCUUCAUCAUCCUCAGCAUCUCCUUCGAAGGCCUCUUCUACUUCGCCUUCUGCAUGUGCCUGUUCAGCUGGAUGCGUCUGGAGCACCAAGUCUACCUGUAUACCACCUCCAACCCUCUCACCACCCCCCAGCCCCGCCCGUCCAUCGUCCCCGCCGUCGCCGCAGUAGAAGACCACCCGCCUCUCCCCGUCCGCACAACCGCAUACCGCCCCCUCACCCUGGCCGAUGCCCGCAUCGCCCUAUUCUUCUUCUUCUUCAUCCAGUCCGCAUUUUUCAGCGCCUCGAACAUCGCCUCCGUAUCCUCCUUCUCACUCGACGCGGUGUACCGGCUGAUCCCUGUCUUCGACCCGUUCAGUCAAGGCGCGCUGCUGAUGCUCAAGCUCAUGGUGCCGUUCGCGGCGCUCUCCGCUAAUUUCGGGCUGCUGAAUCGCCGCCUGGGCGUUGCGCCCAGCGCGCUGUUCAUGGUUGUCAUGGCGAUCAGCGAUGUCAUGACAUUGAGUUUCUUCUUCAUGGUCAAGGACGAGGGGAGCUGGUUGGAUAUCGGGACGACGAUUAGUCAUUUUGUUAUUGCGAGUUUGCUGGGCGUUUUUGUCGCUGGGCUGGAGAUCUAUAGUGAGUGGAGUAUUGGGGUGGUUGCGUUUGAGAGCAGGAGAGAGGUCGGGGCGCAUGGGAAUGGGAAUGGUGGACUUGUGGGGAGGAACGGUGAGGCGAAGUCCGGCUGA